AUGUUAAGAAUGCACUUAGUAUCUUUGUUUAUUCUUUUCUACCUUCCGUUCAUCAUAAAAUGUUUUGCUACUAAUUCUUAUAACAAGAAUGCCGUACAUGAUUGUUCUAGUCUUUUUUGCUCGUAUGAUAAACUAACAAAUAUAUACGAAAAUUCCAAAUUUAUCUUAGCAGAAUUAGAAAAUAUACUAUAUGAUGUGAGGGACGAAAGAAACUUAAAUAAGUCAGAACAUGAGUACAAUAAAAAAUUAGACCUUGAAAUUAAAUUUUCUACCAAUGAGGAUUAUGAGGAUUUGUCACAUAUAUCCUCAGAUAAAGAAUAUGAAAAUGAAAGUAGAUAUAGGGAACCUGUUCCUUAUAUAACUAUUAGUAGAAUGGAUGAAGAUGAUUUUGAAAAUUCCGUAUUAAAUGAUUAUGCUAGUAACUCGGAAAAUGCAGUGAAUAGACCCUUAACAAACGAAGAGGAAAUGGAUAUUGUUUUCUCGAGAAUACGAGAACUUGAAGAGCAACAAAAACGUUUUAAGGAGGAAAAUAGAAAAUACAAUUUGAAAAGGUAUUUAAGGUAA